AUGUCAAUGUCAUUAGCAGAAGAGGAGGAACUUCAAAUCGAGAGCAAGUAUAUAAAAGAAAAGAAAAUAGGAGAAGGAACUUAUGCGAAGGUUUACAAAGGGAAAGAUCGUGAAACUGGACGUUCAGUGGCUAUUAAAAAGAUUAAGCUCGUACAAACAGAAAUAGGGUUUCAGGGGAUAGAAAUAUCGGCCGUUAGGGAGGUAAAAGUUUUGCGGGAGUUAAGGCAUCCUAAUAUCAUUGAGCUAAUCGACAUAUAUUCACAUCAAACAAAUUUACAACUUGUCCUGGAAUAUUUGGAUUCCGAUUUAGAAAUGAUUAUAAAGGAUAAGAGUCUCGUAUUUAUAUUGGCAGAUAUCAAAAGUUGGAUGUUGAUGACUUUGC